GCCAAGCGCACCAAAAGUACCUGCCGUGCUGGGGACGAGCGGUCCAGCAGAUUCCACUGUUGCAGCAUUCAGACCUGAUUCUGUACACGUCGGCAAAUAUCAGCAGUUCGGACAUUGAGCGGUUUCACUUCCGCAACGUUACUGUCAAGAAGUAUGUCAACGAAGGUUGGCAAAAGGGCGCCAUAAAGGCAAUCACAGAUGCUUUCGGUGAAAAGGGAUACCAGGAAAAGUGGUUCGAGGGCUACGACUGGGUUAUCAGGCUGAAUGCAGACGUGCUAAUUAUGGAUGACACGUGGUUGCGGAAGACAAUGGAGAACGCCUCCAUCGAUGGAAUCUUCGGAGCAUGCAUGGGUGACCAAAUCCACACAGACUUUUUUGCGCUCCCUCCUCAAGCUGUGGACUACAAGUUGGUGGAUGAAUGCUCCAACAAGUAUGGCGCCGAAAAGCACUUUACUUGCGCCAUCGCGAAUGUGCUUCGAUCCAAGAGGUUCACGUGGGUCGAAGGCGCCGAGGAGAAGGUUUGCAGAAUGGUUGGGGCACGCUCGCCCAUCGUGCACGCGCACACCCUUUGGCAGUGCUGCCCGGACUACCUCGCGCCUGAGGCGAAGUGUUCACGGCUCUCUGGGAACCCAUUCCCCGACCCGAAUGUCGUGAUCAAAAACCUUCUGCCGUAUGGGACUGCUCGAUCUUGGCUGCUGUCAACGUCCGCGGCUACUUUUGGUCGGGGCGUCUAG